AUGACUAAGUCCGCAUCCUUCGAUGUAAUCGGGACCUGUUUUGCCUUCUCCGUCCCCAUCAAUGCUAUCAGCGAACGCCUCGGCCCCAUUCUGACCACCCACUCUGUGGAUGCCAAAUCCCUUUUCUUCGCCUGGUUCUACGCUGCCCAACGAGACUUCACUUAUACCAGCAUCUCGGGGUCUUACAGGCCAAUUGCGGAAAUACUCAAGCUCACGUUCCGUCGCGCUUGUUGUAUUGUGAACAUUCCUGGAGAUGCAGUGAGCGAUGAAGACGUCACGGAGGUCAUGAAGGCGUUCAAGGCUAUGCAGCCGCGAGAGGGGCUUAAAGAGUGCUUUGAUGGGCUAAGAGAAGCAGGCUGGGAUGUUUAUGCUGUCACGAACGGGGGUGUGCAGACAAGUUUGAGUUAUUACCGCAAGGCGCUUAUAGAACUUGAUCGGGACCACCUGCUCAGUUGCGAUGAUUUGCAGAUCGCGAAACCAGACGUGAGAGUUUAUGAGAAUGCAAAUCGGCAUUUAAGUAGCAGAGGAAUGGGUGAAAAAGGCGACGGUACACGAUGGUUUGUCGCAGCGCAUUCGUGGGAUUUGAUCGCAGCGAGAACGGCUGGGUUCAAAACGGCGUGGUUGGCUGUCGAGGAACACGAGCCUGUCACGGAAGUAUUUGGUGAGUUUGAUAUCUAUGCAAAAGACAUGAAAGAGCUGUUGAGGAAGAUGAAGGAGAUAAAAUAG